AUGGAACAAGUUCAGUCCCAAGAUAAUUCAAUCAAGCUUUUCGGUCGUUUUUCUUAUGACGACAUAAUAGUUAAUGAUUUAUCUCUUAAGCCUUAUAUAAAUGUUCAGACUCGUGUUUCUGUCCCACAUACGGGCUCUAAUUGCAGUCAAAAGGCCUUUUCAAAAGCAGGAAUGCCUAUCACUAUGAGAUUAGCUCAUGGUUUAAUGCGUCAUGGUCGUAAUACUGGUAAAUCUCUUCUGGUUCUUAAAGCUAUCAAAGACGCCUUUAUUAUCAUAGAAAGAUUAACUAAGAAGAAUCCUUUACAGAUCUUAGUUGAUGCUUGCAUUAAUGGAGGACCUCGUGAACAUACGGCUAGAAUAGGUAAGGGUGGUUCUGCUAAAAGAUCUUCAGUUGAUGUUUCACCUUUACGUCGUCUUAACUUAAGUAUUUCUACUUUGACUACUGGUAUGCGUCGGGCUGCUUUUAAAGGUGCUAAGACUUUGCCAGAGACGAUUGCUGAGGAGCUUAUUGCGGCUGCUCGUGAGAAUCCUAACUCAUUUGCAGUUAAGAAACGAGAUGAAAUCGAGCGGGUGGCUAAAUCCAGUCGAUAA